ACGCGCCCCCCCACCCCUUCCACCGUCACCUUUCACCAAAACAACGAGAUGUGGCUUCUCACAUGACAGCUUCUGUGGUCUUUUUCAAUCACAGUUGAAGCGUCGUUAUGUUUUUCGAAUCUCUUUUUUCCAUUUACUCUCAUCACACUCGCUGGCUAUGCGCUUAUAUAACAUCCUAGGCGAGUGACCUGUCAGAAACUUAUUUGGAAAACAAAAAAAAAAAAAACAGCAACAACAGAAAAAUGUAGCUUGUCAGGCAUUCGAUGUCACUGCAAAUUAUUCGUCAAUAAUGUCUUGUGUUAGAUUAUUUGCUCGUAUGAUUUCGCAGCGUAUAGUCCUCCUGUAAUACGCGUCUUUUGAAAGGCAUUGUAACCUUCUGUUUCGUUGCCACUUGAAAGUUUAAAGCUCUUUGUUCUGUUUGAGGUUGCUGUUGCCUUUUAAUAAACUCUAAAAAGGUGCAUCAAUUAAUUGAUUCAACAGCGACUCAAUUAUCCAAAUAAUGAACUACUUGUCCAACUCCUGUGAUUUAACCUGCCUCUGGACAGGAAAUAUUUCCCCACUUCUGUAGUCCUCCGUGAAAGCAGCCCGUCGCUCUUUGGAAAAAGGAUUGUUGACAUUUUUGCCUAUUUACUGACAUGUUAUGGACCAAAAACAGGAACAUAAUUACAGUCGGUUUGAAAAUAUGUCCUGUUUUCUAAUGAAGGAAUGGAAGUUUAAAUACAUUUUGUAAAACUACUAAUGUCGCUAAAGUAAUUGUCGGAAGAAUCGAUUAUUUAAGUACUCAUUAGUUGAGGGGGCGAGUUAUCGGCAUGAGACAAAUUUGGCGGCUUGAUGGAUGAAGUGCUGCCUCCACCGGGGAAAAGACAAUCGCCCCUUGAAAGGAGGGCUGUGGAUGAAUGAUCCAGUGGUGGUUUCAUGGUAAAAAACUGUUGAGGCGAACACCAAGUCUCCCAGAAACCACCACAAAAUGUUGCUAAAGAGUCGCGUUUUGGAAAAAGUCGUUUGAGGGCUCGGAAAAGUGUUUAAAAACGAGUAGGGAUGGACCGAAUAAUCCUUUUAACUCUGUCAAAAAUCCGGAAGUGGCCUUUUGUGGUUCCCUGAGCAUCGGAAACCGGUUGCACCGGUUUGGAAGCGCCUAUUACUCGAGCGGCGGUCACGUGGCCUCUCGUGUCAACAUCAGCAGCGGCUGCUGUUUCAUGUCCUGUCAGUCAUGAGCAUUGGUGAUGGAGCCCAAAGGGGAAUUUUCUCGAGUGCACCUGUACAGCUCACGUAAAAUGGCGACCGCCAAUCAAUCCCUUUGUAGCGACGAUCGGUGAACGGCUGCGCUCGGAAUCGUUGAAAUGACAAGACGACAUGUUUCCAAAGGGCACCAAGCGCAAGUUUUUAGACUCUGCGGAGGACGCGGCGACAGCGACGGUAGCCGGCGAGCAGGGCCCGGCGAGCACCCGGACGCCGUCGCCCUCGUACAGCCUCCAGCGCCAGUCCCUCCUGGACAUGUCGCUCAUCAAACUCCAGCUGUGCCACAUGCUGGUGGAGCCCAACCUGUGCCGCUCGGUGCUCAUCGCCAACACGGUGCGACAAAUCCAGGAGGAAAUGACGCAGGACGGCACCUGGCAGAUCAUGACGCAGGCCCUGGCCGCCGCCCAGUGCCCGACCGACCGAUUGGUGGCCACCGAGGUGCUGUGCCGGCAGUCGGACCCGGCGGCGGCGGCGGCGGCCGGCCAGAGCCCCAAGCCGUACCCUCUGGUGGGGGGCCUGGACAGGGGAUACCACUCGGAGGAGGUGGUGAUGGAAGCGGGCGACGCCCACAAGGAGGCCCUGCCCACGCAGUCCUACCUGGCGGGCCCCUUCGGGAUGGGCCCCUGCUGGGAGGAGGAGCAGCAGCAGCAGGAGGAGGAGGAGGAGGAGGACGGCGGCGACGAGGACGGCGAGGAGUCGGAGGGCGAGGACGUGGACGAGCGCCCCGAGGUGGAUUCCAGGCCGGGGGAGCAGGUUUUCGGCACCUUUGAGAUCAAGCAGCAGCCGCCGCCGCCGCCUCCGCCGGACCCGGCGCUGGAGGAGCUCUUCUCGGACGUGGACCCGUCCUACUACGAGCUGGACACGGUGCUGACGGGCAUGCAGAGCGCCCCCAAGAUGGGACCUUACGACCUGCUGGAGAGCCUCUCCUCCCACGGGCCGCAGCCGCUCAGCCCCGGCGCCAGCUGCCGGUCGGACCUCAACGAACUGGACCACAUCAUGGAGAUUAUCGUGGGCUCCUGAAGCUCGGCGCCGCCGCCGCGUACUUCUUGAAUGUGCUUUUGUUACGCAGACAGAUUGUGGGAGGGGCAAAGUGGGAAAUGAUCUGCGAGCCAAAAAAACAUUUUUCGGAUCGGCAGCUCCCGUUGGGACUUUGUUGUUUGUUUGUUUGUUUUUUUGUUCUUUUCAUUCGUACAGUAUAUUCCAAACACGGAGGUCUCGUUUCACAAGUAGGCUUUGAAAGGGGUGGAACAUUUCCAGCAAAUUUCCGCACACUUUAGCUGAAUGAAGUUAAACGGGGGCAACAUUUUCCAGACUGGAAACUUUCCGUGGAAAUUGAGGGGAAUUUCACGCAAAGUUCAAACGGAAGCACCGAUCCCAUCAGCGGACCUCCAUGCAAAUUCGAUGGCUCCUCUUGCCCACCUGUGAGGGCAUCGCAGGGCCUGAAUUGCCGAGCUGUGGCGUCGCAGAAGUUGAAUUUUCCACAUGGAAGAAAUAUUCCAAUGACAGCUCGUAACUCUUAAAAACUCGUAAAAUUUGGGAGCCAAGGUACCGCUGUACUUUUAUGAAAUCAGAUCAAGUCUGGAUUAGAAUGGACCCGCGCUCACGUAGCCGAUUUUUGGAUGUAUGACGGACAAAACCGGUCACUGAAUCAUCAUCUAUUGAUGGAGUGGGGGGAGGGGGUGUUCCGUUGAAUCCGUUUCAACUGUUGUUAAACAAUACCCAAUUCACACCAAAAAUGGUUUCAUCCACAGCAAGCCGAGAGGAAACCCGAUGGCAUCGCCCAUUGCGGAAUGAAUUUCAGCGCUCGGAUAACCCAUCCUAAAAAAAAAUCUUGUCAAUUCCUCCUGAAUUUCCAUGGAAGCUUUUCAAAGUCUUUCCCAUUCCCGGAAAUCGUGCAAGUCCAUUUGCAACAGUCUGUUUUCUUCCAUUGUGUGUUUUUUUUUUUUGUUUGUUUUUUUUCCCCGUGUUUACGUCCGGUGCGCAAGCUCGUGCUCGUCGUCCUAUUUAUUGGAGUUCUUCACACUACAGCGGCGAUCCAGAACAAACAUCCAAAUCGAUGACGUCAUGCAUAUUUUCUUAAAGAAUUUUCUUAAAGAUUUGCGCAAUUGUGAAUGGAAUAUGUAUAUGUACUUAUGUAUAUAGAAAUAUAUUUUUUUGCAUUAUUACAGUCGGGAGGGGGGGGGGAAUUUUUGCAAGUAUCAUUU